GAGGAGGAGCGUAUACACCUAUUACGUCAUGUAUUAGUCUCAAGAACAGAUUUAUUGUCCUCUGGAGAAUCACUGCUAGGGUGUGUAUAUAUGCCAGUGUGUGUGUUGGGCUGGACUCACAAGAGAAAGAGAGAGAAAGCUGACAAGAGAGGAUAUUUUCUACAACUGCUCAACCAACAUGUCUCAGCCAGGGCAGGAAGAAGAUGAAAUGCAGCGUCCUGAGGUGAGCGAAGAGGAUCUGACUGAAACAAUAAACAAACUUGGCAGAAGUGGGCCGGCGAAGAGCAAGACGACUGAAGUUAUGCAGGAGUGCGAGAAAGUUGGUAAAGCAGCUCCCUCUGUGUUCAGUGGAGCGAGGUCAGGAACGGAGACUGUUCUCAACGCACGCUCAGGUCCACCAAUAAUCAGGAAGAAGCAGUAGGCUCCCUGACCAUGAUUGGACAACACAUGUUUGGAAUCUGUUGGUUUUCCAGCUGUGCUUUAGUCCACUAAAAGCCUCGGUAAAAUACUCUUUUUUUUUGUGUUCUUCAAUAUCCUAAAGCCUGUGUUAAACACUUACAAAACACUUAAUUAUGUUUGGUUAUGGAAUGUGUAUUAUAGUGAUAGUUAACUUCUUCAGUUGUUCAAUAUUUCUGCCUGAACUAAUGAGAAAGCUAACAAUUUUUCAUCGUGUUUCUUUGUAUAAACCAGACACACAGGAAGAUUCUACUGGGUGGUCUAUUCAUUUCAAAAAAGAAAUAAGAUUAGUAAGAAAAAGUAGUGUUUUCCUACGGGACACACGGUGGCGGGUCUGGCGAGCUAAAUGCUAACAUUUGCUCUGAUGACUUCAUAUCUGUCCAAUUACUACAAUCCUUCAUGUUAAAAAUAUAAAGUUAAAAGACUAAUUUUUGUCAAAAGUGUUGCAAAAAAAAAAGAUUUUUAAAAAUGUAAUAUGAGCCAAUAGAAAUACACAACUCAACAUAACGGUCCUGUCAUUUGUAUUAUAUUUAAACAAAUACAUUGAAAAACUUGUUCCAAUAUACUAGUUUGUUUUCUUUAUUUUUUAUAACAUAACGAUUUUUUUCUUGCAGUUUUUGUCACAAAGCAUUUAUCUACUCUUUCCGGGUGCAGGGUAAUAAUGAGAAACACGAGCGAAACUGCAAGACUUUUUUUGGAAAUCUGUUGUGACAAGACUUCCCAUUCCGUCUCACCCAUUCUACUUUUCAUUGUAAGAAGUGCCAGCAAUAUUAUAAUUGUCCAUUGAUGUAAUAAACCGUUCAAAAAUA